UCUAUUGCGCACUUUACAGAGAGUGGGUGAAUCAAUCCCGGAAGCACAGUUUUCAAUAUUCUAGUUUAUUGAAAUAAAAUGGAUCGAAAGCGCAAUGUCAAGGAACCUAUUCGGAAUCAUGUAUUUGCACCGACCGAUACACAAAAGCAAAGAGAUUUUAUGGAACCGAUGCGAAAUAAACUUGUAACAAAGCUACCCGGAGUUGGAGAGACGCUUGGUGCCCGCUUAAGUGACGCUGGAUAUCAAAAGGCUUCUCAGGUUUAUGGCCAAUAUUUGGCUCUCGAUCAAAACAAAGAACAGUUUGAUAACUGGAUGAAGAGUACUUGCAAUGCUAUCAAGUCCCAAUCAUCCGAAUGUUUUAAGUGCCUCGACGAGUGGAAUAAUCACUUCAAUUAACUCAUCAGCUUGAGGUCUAAUUCCCAAAGUUUUACAACGAUAUUGGAUAACUUAAAUAAUUUAAUAUAUGCGAUCAAUUU